GAGAGCCUGAUGGCUGGAGUGCCCCUGGUAGCCAUCCCACAGGCAGUCGACCAGCCGGCCAACGCCUGCAAGGUGGAGCAGAGAGGCUGGGGACAAGCCUUCUUCAAGCCCAUGGAGACAGUCAGCAGCACUGCUUUGGCGGAGUCUUUGCGCCAGGUGUGCGAUGAGAAUAGCAUGUACCGACAGCAAGUGCAGUGUGCCCGCUCGGAGCUCGCGGGAGGCGCGCCGCGGCUGGCCGAAAGGAGUGUGUCAUUCCGAGCUGUGGGAGACCUUGCUUGGGAGGACGGAGGCCACGAGGCCCCUCCGGAUGUCCGCGCCGCCGUGCAGCGAGCAUGGCAGCCGCCCUAUUUCAUUCGCGGUGCCACCAACCUUCGUGAAGCGAACGAGUCUGCCGAGUUCUGGUUCCAUCGGCGCAAUGGGUCUGUGCUUGCCCAUGCGGACACUUACUGCAUUCCUGCUGUAUCUUUGCAGCUGACUGGACGCAAGCACUGGCGGCUGAUGCCCCACCCACACGUCAACAUGUCUCGAUGGGCUCCCAACUCUCAUGAUGGAGGGAUCUACAGAACAGAUUUGUGGCAGCCGGCGUGGGAAGCUACUGUGGAGCAGGGCGAGGCCAUUGUUUUCUUUCCGAACAUCUUCCAUGAGACGCAAGUGCCGGAGGAGGGAAACCCCGAGUGCACAGUGGCCACGACCUUCCAGUUUCAGCUUCCGGUACCGGCCCGCUACUUCCGAGCUUUUCUUCCGACUCACGCCAUGUCGCACCUCUACUACGAGGGCCACUGCCUCGACCUCUGGCACUCCUUUGCCACACUGCAGGCUCCCAAGGCUGUCCGGCCUACAGAGGACACCAAGCAGAUCCAGUCCCAACAUGCCGAGCUGUUUGCCGCAUUGGAUGGGGAUGGCAAUGGCCUCCUGUCGUUGGACGAGCUGCAGGACUACCUAGCCGCGCAGAAAGUCCCAGCAGCCCCCGGGCGGCGCUUCGGGACACCUUGGCCAAGAUGGUUUUACUCAGAGGAUUAUUUCUACGAUUGGAGAACUUCGAUGGAUGGCCCCGGCAAGCAGCAGCGGCUUGAAAUGGAGGUGGAGCUGCAACGUUUCCGAGCAGAGGAUAGUCUGGCGUACCUGGACUGCAGCCCGCCAGACGGAAAGGUCUCCGCACGGGAGCUUCUCCAAGCCAUGCUCCAGUGGCACGUGGCGGGAGCCUCGUUUUCCUGGUGA